GGAGAAGUGGAAAGACGGCUUGCUCCUUAAUGGAAUAAGGGCAAUUGCUGGAGGGCUGGCUAUAUAUUGUAUAGCGCUCGCUAGGUCGCUUCUUCUCUCGCCUUGUCUUCCUCUCCUUUCGGGCCGAAAUGGCCGCUACCGCUGUCAACCCUUUGCUCAAGGGAACCACAAGCUCAAACACGCGUGGCCUGCUUCGGGUGAUCAUAUUGGCGUUUAUUGCAGCAGCAGCAAUUUCCAGCAGGUUAUUCAGCGUAAUAAGAUUCGAAAGUAUCAUUCACGAAUUCGACCCGUGGUUUAAUUUUAGGGCAACAAAAUAUCUGGUUAAGCAUGGAUUCUACAGCUUUUGGGAUUGGUUUGACGACCGAACAUGGCACCCUCUUGGGCGUGUCACCGGCGGCACGUUAUAUCCUGGAUUGAUGGUAACCAGUGGUGCUAUUUACCAUCUACUUCGGUUUCUUUCCCUCCCGGUCGAUAUUCGUAACAUUUGCGUUCUUCUUGCGCCGGCCUUUUCAGGCCUAACGGCUCUGGCAAUGUAUCUACUUACGUCGGAGAUGUCUGUUUCACCGUCUGCUGGGCUCCUUGCUGCAGCAUUCAUUGGCAUCGCCCCCGGAUACAUCUCCAGAUCUGUCGCCGGAAGUUAUGACAAUGAGGCCAUUGCUAUUUUCCUCUUGAUCUUUACCUUUUUCCUCUGGAUAAAGGCUUUGAAGAAUGGAUCAAUCAUGUGGGGUGCUUUGACCGCCUUAUUCUACGGCUACAUGGUUUCAGCAUGGGGUGGAUACGUCUUCAUCACGAACUUGAUCCCUCUGCAUGCUUUUGUCCUGAUUUGUAUGGGGCGCUACAGUUCCCGUCUCUACAUUAGCUAUACCACAUGGUAUGCCCUUGGAACUUUGGCCAGCAUGCAGAUUCCCUUCGUUGGCUUCCUUCCGAUCCGAAACAGUGACCAUAUGGCGGCGUUGGGCAUCUUCGGGCUUCUUCAGCUCGUUUCUUUCGUGGAAUUCCUCCGGAGCCAAGUCCCUGGAAAACAAUUCCAAACUGUCCUCACCACGUUGGUCCUCGUAAUAUUCGGUGUCGCUUUCCUCGGCUUAGUUCUGCUCACAGUAACCGGAGUCAUUGCACCUUGGAGUGGCCGGUUCUACUCUCUUUGGGAUACCGGAUAUGCCAAGGUUCAUAUUCCCAUUAUCGCUUCUGUCUCAGAGCAUCAACCGACAGCUUGGCCAGCAUUUUUCUUUGACCUUAGUAUGCUCAUUUGGCUUUUCCCCGCUGGGGUCUACAUGUGCUUCAAUAAACUGAAGGAUGAGCAUGUUUUCGUCAUUAUCUACGCUGUUCUCGCCAGCUAUUUUGCUGGUGUCAUGGUACGACUAAUGUUAACACUGACGCCAGUUGUAUGUGUUGCUUCUGCCUUGGUCGUUUCUCAUAUUCUUGAGACGUACCUUCGACUUAGUUCUCCUGACCCAGAUGCACAAGGCAAACAGGCAAAUGAGAAAGUCUCUCAGAGCAGCCCGCGAUCUACUCGCAAGCGAGUUGUCGGAGUAUAUUCGACCGUCUCCAAAGCACUGGUUGCUGGUUCAUUUGUAGUUUAUCUACUGCUAUUUGUUGCUCAUUGUACGUGGGUUACGUCCAUGGCAUAUUCUUCUCCGUCUGUCGUUCUCGCAAGCAAACUUCCCGACGGAAGCCAGUACAUCAUUGAUGAUUAUCGCGAGGCUUAUUACUGGCUUCGCCAAAACACCCCCAAAAAUGCAAAGAUCAUGUCAUGGUGGGAUUACGGCUACCAAAUUGGCGGAAUGGCAGACCGUCCUACCCUUGUCGAUAACAACACUUGGAAUAACACCCAUAUUGCCACGGUUGGGAAAGCAUUAAGUUCACGCGAAGAAGUCAGCUACCCAAUCCUUCGUCAACACGAUGUCGACUACGUACUAGUUGUGUACGGCGGCCUGAUCGGCUAUUCCGGAGAUGAUAUCAACAAAUUUCUCUGGAUGGUUCGGAUUGCGGAGGGUUUAUGGCCAGAGGAGGUCAAAGAACGGGAUUUCUUCACGGACCGUGGCGAAUACAGAGUCGACGACCAAGCCACUCCUACAAUGCGCAACAGUCUCAUGUACAAACUCUGCUACUAUAAUGUCAAUGCUCUUUUCCCAGGUGGGCAAGGGCAGGAUCGCGUUCGCGGCGCCCGUCUUCCAUCCCAAGGGCCUCAGUUAACGACCCUUGAGGAAGCAUUCACAAGUGAGAACUGGAUUAUCCGAAUUUACAAAGUCAAAGACCUAGAUAACGUAGGCCGUGAUCACAACAGUGCUGUGGCGUUUGAAAAGGGGCAUAAGAAAAAGAAAGCAGCCAGCUUGAAAAGAAGAGGACGGCGGGUAUUGAGGACGGAGUAAAACGGUUCUUCCAUUUCUUCUCUUUUGUACUCUACUUGGUGGGCAUAUAUGCAUGGGGGUCCUUUUUCUUGGUAUGCUUCGUCCUUAGUGUAGAUCUUAGAAUACAUGCCUUUAUGGUCACAUAUAGCUUUAUUACCGUUGGCUUUUUGAGCCACUGUUAAUUCAGAAAGCCUAUUUUACAUGUGAUUUAUCCGUUGAUUGUGUGGUCUCUAUAUCAAUACUUUGUGCUCCGUAGAGUACUCCGUAUAGACUCGCAUAUACCCAACCAAUGCCAUUUCACCCUUGUCCUUUGACUGGAUAUCAGAAUUGUUAAGCUAGACCGCAUGGUCAGAAGGGGGGGAGAACACAUAGAUAAAAACAAACUCAAUACAAACCAGGUAGGAGCAUCUUUGUGUACUCUUGUAGAAAAUAAAAUUCAUGUGGGUAUGAAUGUCUGAGGUCAGGGUAUGAAAUGGAACAGAAAACGAACUCUCGUGAAAUCUAGAGCUUCGACAGCAGAAUAUGAGCCCGAAAUGCAACUUUAGGAAAGGAAUCAAGGAGUGUGGGUUGCUGCAUUUUCAUCCAGUGGCUGUAACAGUCUGAUCAACUGGCAUGUCCCCUUUCCCUGGCUCUAAAGCUUGUCCAUUCUGCUGGGGAAUAGAUAGGGUAGCAUUGCCUUCAACCUUUCCGGGUGAUGAAUAUCCAGAGACUGAAUUUCGGGGGGUGUUUCCCGGUUCAGUGCCACUAUCAGGGGUUGACUGUGGUUGCCCCUGUGGUUUUGUAUUGUCCGUCAGCUGUUUCGGCUGUUCCGGAAGGACUUCGGGGCGAAACUUGA